CAGGUCGAGCUACCCAUGUUCAGCAACUUUACUGCUUGGUCGCUGGUAGACCCUCUGAAUCUUAAAGAUAUGUCUUGGAUCCGUGAGAGUAAGCGCUCAUGGCUCGAAAAGUUUUGCAUAAGUGUUCUAAAAACUGGACCUAUACCUCGUCAUAUUGCCUUUAUAAUGGAUGGCAACAGAAGAUAUGCGACAAAAAAUGGAAUGGACUAGGGUCAUGCAUUAGGUUUCCAAAAGUUGUCUGAGACCUUGGAAUGGUGUCUUGAUUUGGGUAUUACCGAAGUGACAAUUUACACAUUCAGCAUUGAAAAUUUUAAACGACCAAAAGAAGAAGUGAAUUGUCUGAUGAAUUUAGCUAGAGAUAAGUUCCGAGAACUAUUGCAAGAAAAAGACAAAUUGGACAAAUAUGGAGUGUGUAUCAGAAUAUUUGGUGAUAUUACACUUCUACCAGUAGACUUACAGAUGCUUGUUGCUGAAGCAGUUUUAUAUACAUAUAACAACACUGA